GAUUUGAUUUGUUUAAGACACAUUUGUCCACUUGGCAUCUUGAAAUGGAUGAUUACAACUUGCAAGAACCAAUUGGAUACUUGCUAUGACAACUCCAACUCAAUAGUGUCGUGUAAUCAAUAACCUUGACUAAUUUGUUAUUUCAUCAAUCUCAAGUCAUGUUACUUACUAUAUGGUUUUUUGUUUGUUUUCUUUUCUCUCCUACAAUUAAGCUCUUUGACGUACGCAAUCUUCGGAGCCAGCCAACUCUUAUAUCAACCAUUUACUCCACGUUGUCUCCAAUAAUUGGACGUUGAAACUUGAAACAACGUAAACGUAUCUAUCUGGUGAUUGUAUAUAACAUAUGUACAUACACACACCUUUCUCCUCUUUCACUUCAUCACCUGCCUUGUGAUUUCAUGAAUUCCGGCGAAAUGGAACCUCGAAUCAAUGACCUUCAGAUUGAAUCUCGGGUUCAUGCGUUGCUUGAUUUUCCGGUUCGUACAAACCAGAUGCCCUCUGCAAUUUACCAGUGUCCGAACGACGAUACCGAAGAGCUCAACAUUGAGAACUCAAAGAAGAAACCAUACAAGUGUCCAUACUCAGGAGCCAAGUGUAAUGUCACAGGAGAUAUUCAAAGGCUGCUUCUGCAUCUAAGGAAUGAUCACAAUGUUGAAAUGCAUGAUGGGCGUAGUUUCAGUCAUAGAUAUGUUCAUCAUAAUCCUAAACAUCUUCACCAUGCUACUUGUAUGUUAACCGUAAGUUAUAUAACUGAGAUUACUUAUCUUGCUCUGUCUCUGCAACUUUGUGAAUUAUUAACCCACACCAAACCAAUGCAGCUUCUCGAUUGUUUUGGUCGACAAUUCUGCUUAUACUUCGAAGCAUUUCACCUGAGGAAAACACCAAUGUACAUAGCAUUUAUGCAGUUUAUGGGAGAUGAAGAAGAAGCAAUGAGCUUCAGCUAUAGUUUGGAGGUCGGUGGCAAUGGCAGAAAGCUGACAUGGCAAGGCGUGCCAAGGAGCAUUCGUGACAGUCACAAGACGGUUCGUGAUAGUCAAGAUGGCUUAAUCAUCACUCGCAAAUUGGCUUCGUUCUUCUGUACCGACAACAACACCACCAACAAGGAACUGAAGUUGAAGGUUUCAGGCCGUGUAUGGAGAGAACAGCCUAUUUCGUUAUGAAUUUGAUAAUUAGGUCACACUAUUGGACAGCUAAAGUUAUAGAAUAUUUGGUAACAAAAAUAUCUUUUCUUGA